AUGCCCGCAGACAUUAGGAACUUUUUUGGCGGCGGAAGGCAGCUAAACAGCUCCAGGAAGGCAAGCGGUCCUGCCAAAAAGCAAGAGGAUGUAUCCUCCUCGAGAAAACGGCUGGAAGAUAGCGAUGAAGAUGAAGAUAUUGAACAGGCUCCUCCACCAAAACCUCAGCCACAAAAAAAACAGAAGCCCGAAGAGUCGAAAGGAGAGCCUACGACGACAUCUGCUUAUUUUGCAUCAUCCAAAAAGAACAAAGCUCAAUUUAAAGAGAACGAAUCUCGCGAAACACGAGACUCGAGGGAUGUUACUCUAGAAAACAAAUCGAAUUCUAAACCAAAAGUGGAAAGGAAUGACCAAAUAGAAAUUCCGGUUCGCAGCCCAGCUUCAAUGCGGAAGACCAACCCAAAGCGUGAAUCAAUUAAAACCGCCCGAAUCGUGGAGACCGAGGAGGAUCUUGGGGCAGAUGACAUUUUUGCUACUGGCUAUCGAAAUCCAGGGAGGGGUGGCGACGACGACUAUGUGGAGGGGGAUAGCAACAGCGAUUUCGAGGACAUGGAAGUGGAACCACCAAAGGCUGCAUCUCCCAAAUCGAAGCCAACCAAAACUUCCCCACGUAUCAAACGUGAUAGCGGAACAAAGGACCUCGGCCCAACCGACAUGAAAUCUCCUGCUCGAACUGGACGGAAGCGUAAAUCAGAAGCAUUACGCGUGGGUGAAGAAAGUGAUGACUACGUCGAUACGAAGAAAAAGCCAUCCCGUUCCCAAGCUCAAAAAAGCCCUUCCAAGCCUGCAGUGAAGAAAACAAAAGCUACGAAAACAGACAGGCCGGAAAACAAGGGAAUCCAGGAUAUCUUUGACAGCAUUCCGACAGUGCGCCCACCGUCUCCUCCAGCUGCAGAUGGCGCUAAAAAAUUCAAUUUUGCACAACGAUCCAGAGACCCUGUUACAUCUGGCUCCAAAGAUCUACCCGUUGGCGCUGAAAAUUGCCUUGCUGGCCUGUCGUUUGUCUUCACGGGCGUUCUUGAUACAUUAGGUCGAGAAGAAGGCCAGUCAUUGGUGAAGCGAUAUGGUGGAAAAGUCACUUCGGCUCCCAGCUCUAAAACCAAUUAUGUCGUUUUGGGUAGUGACGCAGGGCCUAAAAAGUUGGAAACUAUUCGGAAGUUCGGUCUCAAAUCCAUAAACGAGGAUGGCCUAUUCGAAUUGAUCCGAAGGCUUCCCGCUAAUGGAGGGGAUGGGAAAGCCGCUGAAAAACACGCAGCGAAGAAGAAAGUGGAGGAUCAAAGAAUCAAAGACAUGGCGGCGGAAAUAGAUCGUGAAGAAAAGAAAAACGCUGCGUCCUCUAUAGCAUCAACCACCAAGUCCCUGAACGGUGCAGGUAAUCCAGCGCCUGCCCAGGUUGACGAUCGACUCUGGACCUCAAAGUACGCACCUACCUCACUUAGCAUGAUAUGCGGAAAUAAGGGUGCUGUGGAAAAACUUCAAACUUGGCUUCGAAACUGGAGAAACAGCUCAAUGGCGGACUUUAAAAAGGGAGGGAAAGAUGGUACAGGUAUUUAUCGUGCGGUCAUGAUCCAUGGGCCGCCCGGUAUCGGCAAAACAACAGCUGCACAUCUCGUGGCCAAACUCGAGAACUAUGAUGUUGUCGAAAGCAAUGCAAGUGAUACUCGAAGCAAAAGCCUUGUGGAAACCGGCCUUCGAGGGGUGCUGGAUACCACUUCUCUCCAAGGUUACUUCUCUGGAGAAGGAAAGAAAGUCGAGAGUGGCAAAAAGAAUUUGGUUCUUAUCAUGGAUGAAGUAGAUGGGAUGUCGGCUGGAGACCGUGGUGGUGUUGGGGCCCUAGCUGCCGUGGCUAAGAAGACGCGAAUACCGAUGAUACUAAUUUGCAAUGAACGAAGACUUCCGAAAAUGAGACCUUUCGAUUCCGUCACAUUUGACCUGCCAUUCAGGCGCCCGACGGUAGAACAGAUCCGUGCGCGGUUAUCCACUAUCUGUUACCGAGAAGGACUGAAAAUACCGCCACAGGUUCUUGACAAUCUAAUCCAAGGCACCCACGCUGAUAUUAGACAAGUAAUUAAUAUGUUGUCUACUGCGAAACUCGACCAACCAACCCUUGAUUACGACCAAGGCAAGCAAAUGUCUAAGGCCUGGGAAAAGCAUAUUAUCCUGAAACCCUGGGAUAUUGUUGGCAAAAUCCUGAGUGCCCAAAUGUUCUCUAAAAGCUCCGAGACAACUCUGAAUGAAAAAAUCGAACUUUAUUUUAACGAUCACGAAUUCAGUUACCUAAUGUUACAGGAAAAUUACCUUAAUACAAGACCAUCAGCAGCGAACUCGUACCAAGGCAGAGAGCAGAAGUUCAAGUUGUUGGAGUUGGCUGACAAUGCGGCCCAAAGCAUCAGUGAUGGUGAUUUAGUGGAUCGCAUGAUACAUGGAAGUCAACAACAAUGGAGUUUGAUGCCCACACAUGCGGUAUUUAGCUUUGUCCGACCUGCUAGCUUCAUGGCUGGCAACAUGACAGACCGCCCAGCAUUCACAAGCUGGCUUGGUAAUAAUAGCAAACAAGGUAAAAUGGCGCGCCAGAUAAAAGAAAUACAGGGCCAUAUGCGUCUACGUUCUUCUGGUGACAGACACGAAAUCCGCCAGCAAUACCUCCCAGCGCUAUGGAACAAACUGGUAUUACCAUUACAAGUCCAAGGCAAAGAUUCGGUUGAAGGCGUUAUAGACUUGAUGGACAGCUACUUCCUCACACGAGAGGACUGGGAUUCCAUCGUCGAACUUGGUCUCAGCUCGAUGGAUCAAAAGAAAUUAAAAAUUGACUCGCAAACAAAAGCCACUUUCACACGCCUGUAUAAUCAACAGUCCCAUCCCCUCCCGUUUAUGAAAGCCACAAGUGUUGUUGCGCCGAAGCACGUUGCCAAGGUGAAACCUGACCUCGAAGAUGCGAUUGAUGAGUCUGACGAAGGUGAGGAGAUUUUGGGUGAAGAAGAAACUAAAGACGACGAGAGUGAUAUGGAUUUGAAAAAGGAUAAAUAUGUGAAAUUACCGAAGAAAGCCCCGUCGAGGAAAGCCAAGGCUGCCGCAAAGCCACAAACGAAGAAGACCAAAAAGAAUGUUGCUGACGAUGAUGACGAUGAGGACGAUAGCGAAGAGGAUGUUAAACCAAAGAAGGGGCCACGGAAUGCUCGCAAAUCCAAGGCAAAAACAUAG